AUGUCGGCCCGCCCCCCGCCUGGCUUCGGCUUCCCCCUCACGGCGGCGGCCGGCUUCGGCCCCUCCGCGAUGCUGGGCGGCGCGGCGGCGAGCCGCCCGGCGGCGCCGCCCCCGGAGGGCUCCUGGGUCUGCGCCGCCUGCCAGAACGUCAACUUCCCGACGCGCUCGACGUGCAACGCGCGCGCCUGCGGCCGCCCGCGCGCCGAGGUGGACGGCGGGCCGCCCCCGGCCGCCGGGGCGGCGGCGGCCGCGCCCGAGGGCUCGUGGACCUGCCCCAGCUGCGGGAACGUGAACUUCCCCACGAGGGCGGCCUGCAACCGGCGCGCAUGCGGGCUGCCGCGGCCCGCGGGCGUGUAG